UUCAGUCGUACAAAACACACAGACUGAGUGGGUGAGUGUGUCCGACCCUGCCCUCUUUCCUCCAGCAGUAUCUGAGCUCAUUCUCAUCAUCUCGUCAUCUGUAGAUCUACUGAAGACGCAAUGGCAGGCAAACUGACAGAGGAACAGAAGCAAGAACAGAUCAAACAAUUCAUGAAGAACGAUCUGGACGGCAAUGGCACCGUCACGGCUCAGGAGAUGAUUGACUUCGCUAAGGCUUCGGGGGUCAAUCUGACCGAGAAACAGGAACAGGAGUACCGUGACUGGGUAGCCCGUGUUGACACUGACGGAGAUGGAGCCGUGAGCGCCGACGAAUUCCGCGCCAUGUUGGAACAGUCUGAAACGUUUGGUUCACCGUCUGAGCUUUUCAAGACGUUUGACAAGGAUGGCAACGGCUUCCUCGAUAGGGAAGAAAUUAAGCAGGGGAUGGCCGCAAUGGGUCAGAAACUGACCGAUGCAGAGCAACUGACAGAGGAACAGAUUGCUGAGUUCAUGCAGGUUUUCUCGAUGUUUGACCAGAACGGCGACGGACACAUCACCACAGCGGAGCUGGGAAACGUCCUGAGAGCCCUGGGUCAGAACCCAACCGACUCCGAGCUUCGGGAUAUGAUAAACAAGGUUGACUUGGACGGAGACGGCACCACCAACUUUUCGGAAUUCCUACGCCUGAUGGAGCGAACGAGCACCAAAGAAAAAACCGAAAAAGAACUUCUGGAUGCAUUUCGUGCUUUCGACAAGGAUGGCAGCGGGUUCAUCAGCCGAGCGGAGCUGCGUCACGUGAUGUCCGGUCUGGGGAUGAAGCUGACGGAACAAGAGCUGACGAAGAUCAUCCGAGAAGCCGACAGGGACGGGGAUGGACAGAUCAGCUAUCAAGAGUUCGUCAAGACGAUGGGCAAGAAAUAA